AUGAGUGAUUUAUCGACUGCUGUGAAAGACGCGGGCCUUCACUUCGGUGUUUAUCACUCGCUAUUUGAAUGGUUUAAUCCGUAUUAUCUAAAGGACCAGGCUAACAAUUUUACCACUAAUGACUUCACCAAAAUAAAAACUCGUCCAGAAUUGGAGGAAUUGGUGAAUACAUACAAACCGGACCUCAUUUGGUCUGAUGGUAAUGCUGGACCCGCUCAAUAUUGGGAAAGUCAACAAUUCAUUCUGAAUUCAUCAAAAAUCAUUUUCGGUGCCAUUAAACUUCAAUAA